AUGGAUGAAUUUCCUACGGUUUUUAAAAAGCGACAAUUUUGCGACUUUAAAACGGAUUUUGUUAUGUGGCAAUUGAGUCUCGCUAUUGACUGUUUUAUCUAUGAUCAUUUCUAUAGGACUCUCAUAAGCUAUCUACUCGUGAACCUGGCAAUUGCAGACAUGAUAUUCGCCAUUUUCAUCGCACCUUCCGUUCUUCUCAGACUUACUUCCUUCCACCCAGAAGGCGUGAUUGCUGCAGGUUUAUGCAAAUUCGUAACAGGUGGAAACGUCGGGUGGAUUGGAGCAGUUUCUUCAAUAUUCAGUUUGAUCGCAAUUGCUGUUGAACGAUAUUAUUCAGUGAUUUAUCCUUUUAGGUGGAACUUGACGAAGCCUAAGUUGAAGGUGAUCGUCCUGGUUUCUUGGAUCUUCUCAGUUGCAUUCAAUAUUCCCAUGUUUCUCACUGCAACCUUCGACAACAAAAAGCAGUUCUGCGUAUGGAAUUGGCCACAGAAGUGGAUGUCAAAGGCUUACAGUGUGGCUUGGUUACUUGUGGUUGUCCUUCCUCUGAUUGUCAUGGCCGGGUUAUACUGCAAUGUUGUAAGCACUUUGUGGUUCAAACCUCUUUCUCGUCAACAGAGGGGUGUUAACAGAGUGCGGAAACGAGUAACUUUGAUGGUCAUGAUUGUCACUGUCAUUUUUGGGAUCUGCUAUGGAUUCAUGUCAGUCAUCUACGUUUUAAGGAAAUUUGCAUCCUACAACAUUGGCCCUGUCUUAGUCUCCGUUUCUUUCGUAAUGGUGUUGUUCAACUCUGCUGUCAAUCCGUUUGUGUAUGCAUUGUUAAACAGACAGUUCAGAGAGAAAAUUAAGGAAAUGAUGUCCUUCUCCAAAUCCUCGAGAAACCGGGUCAACCAAACUAUAGAAAUUGCUUCAGUGGCAUAA